CCACUCAGAUUGUGUAAUGUUAAAAGUUCAAAGAGACACAUUUACAAACAAUAAGCCAUUUCUUGCGUAUAUAUUCUAUAUAUUAUUUUGUUAAAAGCUGUUCGACCUUGGCUCACGUAAAUAUUUCGUCACAUGUAACAAUCUCUCGCCUCCAUAAUAUCAUUCCUCCUAGUAUGAGGUUUCCGGUUUGGUUGCACGCUUUUCUUGAUAUUGAGUUCCCCCUUUCGGUUAUAAACAUGAACAGCAACGUUUAACCGAGAGGUUCACCGGGGGACACGCACACCGUCUGCCCUACAUAAAAUGCACCCAUUGUAGGCCGAGGUGUCAGCUGAGGACGACUUGCAACCUAGAAACGGCGGUUUGGCCCCUCCUUCCCUUUGUCAGUCCUAUUGUAAACGUUAGUCCGAGGUCUUCUGAGGUAUUCUUUUCUCAAAAAAUAGAUAGUAAAAUUGGCAUUAACUGCAGAAGCUGUGUUUCAACCAUGCGAACGGAGUUUUCUUCUUUUUCAACGAACCUUUUUGAGACCCCUCACGAUUCUUUAUCAAAGGCGCUGUCCCGGGGAACUGUGCCCAAUGACAUCAUCCCCGCCUUUUGUAUACAGUUGCUAGGGGUUACAGGGUGACAUUUCAAACAGUCCUGCUCUAGAUGUGUUCGAGAUACGCGGUCCAAUUUCUGUAUUAACACAAAACGGACUAAAGACAAAGUUUGGUAUUUAUUUUUAACAGAGGCUAUACUACAACAGUAUAAACUUUCAAACUUUGUGAGAUGGCAGAUUCUGGUCUAUCAGAAAAAGCGCUUAUCACCGAGAGUGCGGAGACCAUUCGUACUAACGUUACCUCAGUGUUCACGGACCCUUAUGAACGCUCUGUUAACUAUAUGGAGACUCACAGUAUUCUUCAGAUUUUUCAGGACAUCACAGAGAAACUGGUUUUUGAUAGACCCGACGAUCCACUUCAGUUCAUGUUAGAACAGGUGCAAAUGAAGAUCAAAAUCCGUGAUGAGUCAAGAAACACAUUUGUGAAAUCAUAAUGAAUUCUAAAGCAAAGUAACAAGGGCUUUGCAACAAAUUGAAUCCAAGUAUAUUCUUUUAUUUAUAUAUUUCUUUAAAUAAGGUGUAUUGGUUGCUGCAGGUCAUUCCGUGACUCCACAUUGUUGUUUCCAAGCAACUGUCUUCACAUUUUUUUUUCUCCAAAUUUACCAUGUUUUGUCACAAUUUUUAGACGUAUUAGCAUUCAUUUUCAGUCAAACAAUGCUGAAAUCUUAAUAAUGUAGUUUGCGAGUGUCUUUGACCUAAAUAUCUCAAUGAACGCACUCAAGUGGCAAGUUGGAGCUAUUAAAUGUGAGGGGAAAAAAAUAACAAAAAAAAUACAUAUUUAACGGAGUAAUUACUAACAGGCAUUCUCUGGAUUUUGGAGACACAGUUAUAAUUAUAAUUCUCAGAUUGUUAUUGUUUUAUGAAUUAACUAUGUUUUAUAAGAUAAAGCAACUUCUGUAUAAGACAUGAAUGUAUGAGACAUUAUGCCAGUCUUCGCCAAAAUAAAUAAAUCAAUAAAAUGCUAGCUAGACAAAAGUAGCUGGCUUUUGUGCUGAACUUGAAUUUCAAUGGUGGAUUUUGGCUGCAUAAGUAAAGGAAGUCUUUGUUUAUAGUAGGGUCUUAUUACAGUGUAUUUCUAUAGUUAUCUACUGUAUAUUUACACUAAAGCAACAUCUGGUGUUUCAAGACCGGUGUAUCUCAUGCAGUCAUUUCAUUUGUAAAUAAAAAUAAGUUCAAAAUAUCUUCACAGUCACAUUGUCUAUUUGCAUUCAUUGCAUUUAUUGUUGUUUUAUAUAUAUAUAUAUAUAUGUUUAGUUUUUUUGUUUUUUGUUUUUUUGAAAGCUAAGACUAUGAUCAUACAUUUAGAAAGUCAGACACUUAUUCAGUUUGACUUACAACAUACUCAGGGUAAAUAUAAUUUUUUGCUUGUCAGUGACUUAUCUAGUAAUAAUUGAGCAUCGCCUCCAACUGUGAGAAAUGCUAUAACUACGGCAAACACUAUUAAAAUGUUGAAAAUUGUUUCACUAUAAAUAUUAUGAAUAUUAAAGUAUUUCCUAGCUAGUUUAUGAAAAUGUGAAUAUUGUUCUGUAACGUAACAUGAACAUGAUUCUUAUUGUCAUAGACAGUAUGCCCACUGUUUAAUUUCAAAUGUAAAUUGU